AUGCCUCCUAAGAAACGUAAAGCUCCGGCGGCAGCAGGUACAACUGCGAAGAGAGUCCGUAUAGGAAGUACAUCCGAAAUUCCAGAUGCAGCACCUGUGCCUACUAUCUCCCCUUCCGGUCGUCCGAAGAGAACCUCUGUCAGUGAGCCCCAGUACGACUUCAACAAUCAUCGUGCAUCUCGCACAAUAAAGAAGGCUGCCGAUCCACCGGUCACGAAACCUGAAGUGCAAGUAAAGAAACGUGGACCUGGAAGACCACCGAAGAAGGCCGCUGCAAACAAGGAGGACAUCCCCAAGAAGACAGCUGUCAAAAGCACUACAGCAAACAAGGUGGCGGUUCAAGCUAGGGCUGCUCCUGCUAAGCGGGGACGUGGAAGACCACCUAAAGCUUCUCAACCAGUCCAAAGCGUUGAGUCAGACUCGGAAGAUGUUCUGAAUGGAGAGUCGACCAUUGGCGUUGUUGAUGCCAACGCGGCGAAAACAAACGAGGAGGAAGAUCUCGACAAGGACAUCCAAUACUGGCUCAUGAAAGCUGAACCCGAGUCUCGUAUCGAGAAGGGCCACGACGUCAAAUUUUCGAUUGACGAUCUCGCAUCUAGGACGGAGCCAGAAGGAUGGGAUGGCGUUCGCAACCCAUCGGCAAGAAACAACAUGCGAGCAAUGAGAAAAGGCGAUUUGGCCUUCUUCUACCAUUCAAACUGUGCUGUGCCCGGAGUUGCUGGCGUCAUGCGGAUUGUGGCCGAACACAGUGUCGAUGAGAGCGCCUUCGACCCUGACCACCCGUACUAUGACCCCAAGUCCGACCGCGAGAAGCCAAAAUGGGAACUAGUGCAUGUGGAGUUCGUCAAGAAAUUCGAUAAGAUCGUUACCUUGAAAGAGUUGAAGUCGUAUGCACUCAAUGGCGGCGUUCUCGAGAAUAUGCAGACGCUCAAGCAGAGCCGACUAAGCGUGUCAACUGUGACACCUGCAGAGUGGAGAUUUGUUCUCAACGUCGCCGGCGAAAAGCCUUCUUUGGGCCACGGCUCUUCAAGAGAUGGGUAUGAGUCUGACGUUGACGGAGAAGGCGAAGAGACGGCUGCGGAUGCUGACACUGAGGGGGUGAACGGAGUUUCCGAUGAUGGUUUGAGACUUGAUGACACUCCUGGUCAAGAUCUGCCUUCGGACGGCGUUGUCAGUGAACUCAGCGACAUCUCCAUUCCUGAGCCUGAGGUUGGGAUCGAUGGCUAG